ACGGUCUCAUGUUCGUGAUAUUGUAACUGUAAGUUAUCUCAUCUUCAUAUAUUCGAAAGGAACAUCGUCCGUAUUGUGGUUCACGAAUACGAAAAGCUAUCAACUCGGCACCCAGAAAAAUGGCAGACGCCCCCGACUUUUAUUCGUCCUGCGCGGAAGUACUCUCAGUGUGCCAGUCUUCCAAGGAUGACUUGGUCGCUCUUCUUGACCCAGAAACAGGAUUUGCCCCUCGUAUCCGCCAAAUAUGUCGUGAUCAGUUGGCAGAGCUGGAGCAGAAUGCUAGUGGUGGUGUCACUCAAGGAGAGCUGGAUGCCCUGCGUAUGGAGGCAAAUACAUGGGGACUUCUUCAGGCGUUGAUGCCAGCGCGUAAAACAGAACCAGAACCGAUGCCACAUCCUCGCACCUUACUCUCUGAAAAUCCAUACAUUCCUACUUCGACACUCGCUCAAGCUAUCAUGAAUUCAUCCCCUCUAUUAUCCGAACUCGUGGUCGUCAGAGAAUGGCUGCAUGAAACUGCCCCUCCGCCUCAAUUUCCAGAAGUUACAACAGGUUACUGGAAAUUUACGAAACACAGCGUUAUGCAGUCUCUACGAACAGGUAGCGGACCAAGAGAUGGUCUAGUCAAAGAAAUGGACCCAGAUGCUGUAAAUAGAGAGGAUCGACGAGCACUGGCUGCAGAUGACGCGGGGUCUGAGAAGAGUCUUACACAAGCUUUGUAUUCAUUUGUACGCGCUGGACGACUGGAUGAGGCUGUAGAACUAUGUAGGAAAGCUCACCAACCCUGGCGAGCCGCAAGUAUUCGAGGAUCGCUAUUGUUUCAAUGGAGAGCUCUAGCCAAUGAACCACGAGAUGAGGAUGCAAUGGAAGAUGAGGAUGAUGCCGAAGGAUGGCAGGGAAACCCGCGUCGGACUUUGUGGAAAUCUACGUGCACACGCGCUGCUCUCAAUCCUAGUUUACCUGAUCCAGAGCGCACUUUAUAUGCUGCUCUAGCACCCUGCCCUCAAACCUCUGUAAUCUUGAAAUCUGCCUGCCGGACAUGGGAAGAUCAUCUUUGGGCUCAGAUAAGUAUUCUGUGCGAAGAAAAGCAGAGCUCUGAAGUAUUCAGACUGGGGGGUGGGUUUUGGGAGAGAGGGUUGUCAAUGGUUUACGAAGGCGUACCAGAAAUUUUGCCAGCUGCGGAAGAUGCAGAAGAAGAGGAAUGGGAAAAAGAAGCUACGGGAACUCUAGAAACACUAAGCAGUGCGCAGGUUGAGGAUGGACCGCCAGCUGAUAACGCCUUUCAUGUGUCGCAACUGCAUAUCAUCCUCGACAAAACAGAACCAUUGCUCGAAGGAUUUGCUAAUGGCCUACAGGAAGGCCACUAUGACCCAAGUUCCUCCGAAUAUCCUACCAUGACUCGCUUCUUUGCCCACUUGUGUCUUUAUUUGCAAAUGAUAGACGUUCCUGUCCCUCCUCUGGCUACCCAAGUCAUUCUUGAAGCCUAUCUGCAAGUCCUUGAAGCAGCUGGACAGCGAGACCUUAUCGCUAUGUAUGCUGGCGCUUUAGGUGAUAAUGCGGUGGAGAGAUAUGCCAUGUUCCUCACUUCUCUGGAGCUCUCUGCCGAUAUUGAAGAACGGCGCCUAGCAUUGACUCGUGCCCGCGAUCACGGGUUAGAUAUAAACCGAGUCGCGAUAGUGACAGCGGAACGGACCAUUGAGAAAGCCUUCCAGCUGCUUCCUCCCCUAAGGGGCCCACUGCCUUCAACCAUAGCGCUCCAGCCAGCGCCUUCUGGUUUGGAACUCUUGCUACUUCGUUCAAUAGAAUGGACAAUAUAUUUGGAGGAUACGUAUGACACUGCUCUUGAGCAAGCUACCGUCAUUCUCCGAUACUUCCUUGGCUCGGGCAGAGUCCAUCUAGCUCGGACUCUUCUUGACAUGCUACCCCCUGAGCUUGCAUCUAUUGGCGAGCCCGAAGAUCGCGCAGUAGAGUACCUCCAUUAUCGACAAUUUUUCAAUGUGUGGGAGAUCCUGGAGCGCGUUACAGAGUGUCAGUCGCUCGAGGUUUCUGUGAUGAACAAAGAUACUCGGGCAGCAUGGCUAAAAGAUUAUAAAGAUCUCAUUGACCAGGCUCACGAGAUGAUAAUCAAGCUACUGACGUUGGACUGGAUGAUAUUUGACAGCAACACAGGCGAUCGUCGGCAGCACGAGCUCACUCGCAUAAGACAAAUCUACGUUCCGGAGCUUAUCAUUCGUUUACACAUGAUGCUAUUUAGUUCUCGGGAUCACGUACCAGGGAACCUCAAAAGCGCGCUACAGCUGGCAAGUAUCGUGGCUGACGCACGGUACAAGCUGUACGAUGAUUUCGCCGCGCAGGAUGGACGAAAGUUGAGCGACUAUCUUGGGGCUGUUCGGCAGGCCAUUUUGGUGGGCUUAGAAGGAGGAGGUUCUGAUCCUUUCAGAGUUCUCAGAUCAUAGAAUCCUGUCCCCUCCAAAACAUAAUGC